AUGUGCUUCGGAGUCACCUGCUCGACUUGCUCAAAGGCAACCUGGCGCGGUUGCGGCCAACACAUCCCGUCGGCGCUGAGCAGCGUCCCCGAGGAACAGUGGUGCACCUGCACGCCCAAGGUCACCGUCAACGGCAAGGAGUAUCCCCCGGCAGGCACUGUGUCGAUUCCCGGUAUGUCUUGGUUGACCGGCUUGUUUGGGGGCAAUUCGAAUGACAAGUCGAAGCAGGGCACUAAGGGAGAGCUGUGA